AUGUCAGAGCAGAAAAUAUACCCGAACGAUGAUCAUUUUCUGUUCAGGAAGAAUGACACCACUCUCAUUCUGGACACGACUGAAAAAUACGUGAUCGGGAAGGACUUCGAGUUCUGCACGACUACCUGUCUCAUCUAUGCGGAGGUAGUGGAAAUCACUUCAAAGCUGGAAAUUCCCGGGAAAAAGCUCGGUCUGUUCUGCAGUAAAAUCCUUAUCCCAGAGCAUGUCAAAGUGGAUGUCUCGGGCAAAAAUGGGAAAGUAGGAGACCCGAAGACAAGUGAGGACGGCGGAGCUGGGCAACCGGGUGGGGAUGCGGGGAGUGUGUGGAUAUUUGUUCAAGAUUUCAACAGCAAAGACUUCGAGAAGCUGGAGCUCAAUGCUCGGGGCGGAAAUGGAGGCCACGGCGGUAAGACGGUUGCUUCAGGCAAAACGGGAGGAAAGGGAGGAAACGGUGGUAAAGGAGGGUUGAUCGAGGUAGUCAUUGGAACUACGCCCGUCGAUGCGAUUGUGGCCCUUCGAAAUAUUGAUAGGCUGCAUUGGCCAGAGAAAGUCGCCAGUCUUCUUGAACCCGCGGUCCCAGAUGUUGUCGCUGGCUUCAUCACGGAGGAACAGAAGGGCACCCUAGCUCAGUAUCAAUCUCUGGCACAAAUGAUACGCAAACUGGCACAGGCACUCCGAGGUAUACCUGAAAGUGACCAAUCGGCCAAUGUUAAAGAUUCGGUCUCUCAGUUGUUGGGCCAGAUCGAAAAGACUCUCGAGUCUGUGACAGAAGCCCCACCGCUGUCCCAGACCACGUUUGAAACACUAGAGGAUGCAAUAACAGGCCUCGACGAUAGUUCGAAUCUUGCCCAAGCGCUUGAGGCGGUUAAAGAGCGGAUCCAAGCCUUGUCUCCGACGAAGAAUUCUCCACUUUGCAGCUUGCUGGACGAUAUAUGGGAUGCGUUGGAAUCAGAAAAACUGGCUAUACGCAACGCAAUUGAGCCCAAGUUAAAAAGCAACAGAGGAGGAGCCGGUGGGCCUGGUGGGCAUAGUGGACCAGGCCUGCAGCCCGGUCCAGGAGGCGCAGAGGGCGUUGAGGGAGAGACAAACCUAAGAUUCCUGGAGCUGAACGGAUCAAAGAAAGACCUCCAAGUAUCCCAGGCCUACAUCUUUCCGGAGCAAUGCCAGAUGCUCCUCAACAAGGCUGACAGUCAGUUCUUCAGCCAGGAGUGGAAAGCUCGUGGUCCGGCAGUGGAGCAAUACGAGCAGUUGAUCAGACGACUGAAUGUGGUCCAGACACUUGCAACAGACGGGAAAGCCGACAAAUCUUCAGGAUUUUGGGCAGCUAUUUCUGGCCUAGAAGAAACUCUUAAAGUGACUAGGAAUUCUGCUGGUCAGCUUAAGGCAAUUCACGGACAGGCGAAAAGCCGGCUGAAUCGAUUGAUCUUGGGCCAGGAUAUGUUUGGGCAUGGUCAUACUUGGGUUCCCCGUUUAUCCUUUGACUACUACGCCAGAACCCUCGAGGAUCAACUGAAUGUGCUCAAAGAGAUCGAGGAUCUCGAGUCAAAGUACAGAGAUGCCUUUCAAAAGGAUGCUGUCACGGAGACUUUAAUCGAUGCCGGUAUCGAUAAGAUGGGAUACGCUGCCCAAGAGGCAAAGAACAAAAUUGCCUUGCUUACUGGGAGCAACGAGAAGCACCAAAAGAUCAAGGAAGAAGUGGUCCGACUCCAGUUGAAAUGUGACCUCGAUAUCUUUGAAGGUUUGUGUACGUUAACUUCAUUGAAAAAAGACCUAAGGUCUUUGAAAAAGCUCUACGACCUGUAUAGGGAGGCCCUAACGGACGUGAAAGAUCAAAAUGGCAAAUUAUUUAACAAAGAAUACGUCAUGGGGCAAAUCACAGAGUGUACCGACAGUCUGGAGUCAUUGAAAAGUGCACUCAGAACCGCCAAGGACAACACUAUUGCACUGGAUGAUCCUAAAGCCCUUAAGGUAAUGGCCAAAAAAGAGGACAUUGAGAAGCUGAUGCAAAAGUUCGCAAACGCUAUUGAGGAAGGUUCCCGGAAGAAGAUACAAGGGGCCUUAGAUGCGUAUAUCGCAACCAUCCUGCAACGGAAUGAGGCAGUGGUAGAUUACAACUCGUUCAUCCAUCUGCUGUUUGAAGCGCGCCACGAUGAGGAGUAUGCUCGCGCCCAGGCAAUGAGCAUGGCUGAUAAGAAGCUGGAUCUGGACCCCACCAUCCCAGCAGUGUCGCUCUGGCUUCGUAAAACCAGAGACAACUUCCAACUCCAACUCAUGCAACGACUGGACUUUGCAAGCCGUGCGGUCAAGUUCUGGGGUCUGAAAAAGGAUCUCGAGCAAUCCGAGCCAGGUCCUCUUCGAAACUCCCAAAAGCUCAAACUCGAUCGGGUAGACCUGGACAAUGCCUUCGAAAAUAUUCUCAAUCGAUACGCGGGCGAUGUACGUUCCGUAUGGCCCGGCUCGCUCGAUGAACAAGGCCUUUUUUACGACCUCACAGAAUCCGAACUAGUAGAGCUGACGACCGGACAAAAGGAAAACGGUCAGCCAGAAAUGGUCUACAAGGUCUCCCUCAACUUUGCCCCCGGUGAUAGCCCGUUUGGCGCAGGCCGUGCGGAUGUCCGUCUGGAAGAAGUUCGGUUCUGGCUCGUGGGUGCAUCAGUCCGGCCCGAUGGGCUCGGGCGCCAGCGAAUUCUGGUUCACAUAGAACACUUGGGGCCUGAGGUAUUCGAGGAUGACAACCAUGAUCGCCUAGAAUUCUCCCACGACAUGCUCACUAUCCCAUUUGAAUACGAUGCGGCCCGGGUGAGCAGUACAAAGGAUCUUACGUCUCGGGCAAUGCUCAGCCAACAAAAUGCUUUGCGGGGUUCCUGGACUGGCGGACUGAAGCGUGAGGAGGCAGGUUCCAUUGCAGCGGUUGGGCCCUUCGCCACCUGGCGUCUUGUGGUUCGAGAGUCAGAAAACCCGGAGCUCGAUAUGAGUAAGGUGGCAUCGGCUCAUGUAGAAUUUCGCGGAGCCAAUAGGUCGUUCAAGUAUACCUCAGUGGCGACCUCCUAA